GGCCCGGGACCCCGCCCUCGCGCGGGGGAGGAGCGGGCGGCGGGCCUGGUGCUAGGAGCCCGACGGGCCGCGGAGGCAGGCGCCGCGCUGGGGCCGCCGAGAUCGGGUCCCGGGAUGAGCUUCACCCGGAAAAAGGGCUUCUACAAGCAGGACGUCAACAAGACCGCCUGGGAGCUGCCCAAGACCUACGUGUCCCCGACGCACGUAGGCAGCGGGGCCUAUGGCGCCGUGUGCUCUGCCAUCGACAACCGAUCAGGGGAGAAGGUGGCCAUCAAGAAGCUGAGCCGGCCCUUCCAGUCCGAGAUCUUUGCCAAACGGGCCUACCGAGAGCUGCGGCUACUGAAGCACAUGCAGCAUGAGAACGUCAUCGGGCUCCUGGAUGUCUUCACCUCAGCCUCCUCCCUGCGCAGCUUCCAUGACUUCUACCUGGUGAUGCCCUUCAUGCAGACGGACCUGCAGAAGAUCAUGGGGAUGGAGUUCAGUGAGGACAAGAUCCAGUACCUGGUGUAUCAGAUGCUCAAGGGUCUCAAGUACAUCCACUCAGCUGGGGUCAUCCACAGGGACCUGAAGCCGGGCAACCUGGCCGUGAACGAGGACUGCGAGCUGAAGAUCUUGGAUUUCGGGCUGGCCCGGCAUGCGGAUGCUGAGAUGACAGGCUAUGUGGUGACCCGCUGGUACCGAGCCCCCGAGGUGAUCCUCAGCUGGAUGCACUACAACCAGACUGUGGACAUCUGGUCUGUGGGCUGUAUCAUGGCAGAGAUGCUGACGGGGAAAACUCUGUUCAAGGGGAAAGAUUACCUGGACCAGCUGUCCCAGAUCCUAAAAGUGACCGGGGUGCCGGGCGCAGAGUUUGUGCAGAAGUUGAACGACAAAGCGGCCAAAUCCUACAUCCAGGCCCUGCCACAGAGCCCCAAGAAGGAUUUCUCUCAGCUCUUCCCGCACGCCAGCCCCCAGGCCAUAGACCUGCUGGAGAAGAUACUGGAGCUGGACGUGGACAAGCGCCUGACGGCCUCGCAGGCCCUCGCCCACCCCUUCUUUGAGCCCUUCCGAGACCCUGAGGAGGAGACAGAGGCCCCGCAGCCAUUUGAUGAUUCCUUAGAACAUGAGAAACUCACAGUGGAUGAAUGGAAGCAGCACCUCUACAAGGAGAUCGUGAACUUCAGCCCCAUUGCCCGGAAGGACUCACGGCGCCGGAGCGGCAUGAAGCUGUAGUGACCCGUCUAGCCGGACCCCUGGUUGAGCCCAGGGACUGGCCCAUGGCACCGCCUGCCAGAUACUGCCCCUAGGACCCACAUCUGCUUGUCACUUCUGGUCUAGCCCUUCUGGGACUAUCGCCUUCCGGGCGGAGGAGAGAGGGGCCUUGUCCCGGUGUAGGAAACAGGCCUCGUAGCUGCAGGAUUCAGAGAUGUUGGUUGGCAGAAAAUAGCUCUGAUCGCAACCAGCCACAUUAAAACGUCCAUCUGGAGACUCGCC